UAUGCUUUUAGAUAGCCUGUUAGCAACCUAGUUUAGUAUAGACAUCUGUGGCUCUACCACACAAAUAGUAGUGUUUCACAUUCUCGUCGUACGAGGUCUCCCAAAGUCAAGUUCGAAUCUGCUUUUGGCUCGUUGCGCGACUCUUAAUUAACUUUUGUAAUCUAUUAAUAAUAUUGAAUUUGACUAGUAUGAAGUAGUAAUCAAAUGUUCACACGACGAUGAAUGAUUCAAAACGUAAGUUACGUAGGACUAAGCCGGUUGACAACGCAUGGUCGUUGAAAAUACCACAAUUUAAGAAGGAGGAUAAUCCUCAUCGGCUGCUGGAGGAGAGCUCAUUUGCGACCUUGUUUCCUAAGUACCGAGAACAGUAUCUGAAGGAAUACUGGCCAUUAGUUGAAAAGGCGCUAGAAGAAUAUGCCAUCACGGCACAACUUGACCUUAUUGAAGGUAGCAUGACAGUGAAAACUACCAGGAAAACCUGGGAUCCAUAUAUCAUUAUCAAAGCACGUGAUAUGAUUAAACUCAUGUCACGGUCAGUUCCAUUUGAGCAGGCAGUAAAAGUUCUUCAGGAUAAUAUGGCUGCUGACAUCAUAAAGAUAUCUUCCUUAGUCAGAAAAAAGGAAAAGUUUGUCAAGAGGAGACAAAGGCUCAUUGGACCAAAUGGAUGUACCUUAAAGUCUAUUGAACUACUUACCAACUGUUAUGUCUUAGUCCAGGGCCAGACUGUGGCAGCAUUAGGGCCUUAUAAAGGUCUACAACAAGUGAGGCGAAUAGUAGAAGAUACCAUGAAGAAUAUCCAUCCUAUUUAUAAUAUCAAGGCAUUGAUGAUCAAAAAAGAGCUUGCCAAGGAUCCAAAAUUGAAGAAUGAAAGUUGGGAACGAUUUCUACCCAAAUUCAAUAGUAAAAACAUAAGCAAACGUAAACAACCACUGAAGAAAAAAGAGAAGAAACCGUAUACUCCGUUCCCACCACCUCAGCAAGAGAGCAAACUUGAUAAAGCAAUGGCAUCUGGUGAGUACUUCCUGAAUGAAGAGCAGAAGAGAGCAAAGAGAAAGAAGGAACAAGAUGAAAAACAUAAAGAAGCAACUAAGAGAAGACAGGAGCGUCGAGCACAAGUAUUUGUUCCACCUGAAGAAAAACCUGUUGAAAAUAACAUCAUAAAAACUGAUAUAGACAUUGAAGAAAUAAAGAAAAAAGUCGAAAAAGGACUGAAGAAACAUAAAUCAUAACAGUGUCAUAAUAUAAUAUAUAAGCAAUUGUAAAAAUUAAAUUUUGUUAAAUAAAUAGAAAUUCUUUUAAAGUCUGAUACUUUGUGUCUUAUAUACAAAGUAUGUCACACAUCUAUUUAUAGUAAUUUUAUAUGAAGUAUUGCAUCAGUAACUCUCUCUCUGAAUUGAUAAAGCGUUAGGUCUGACAUGAUUGAAGCAUACAUUUUACACAAUUUUAUUUUUAUUUACGAAAGAACAGGAACAGUUAAAGUCAAUAUUAAUGUAAAAUAAAAUAAUUAGCCAGGAAAUGUAUAUAUGAUUCAAAGUUCCUUAAUACUCAAUAAAACAAGAAAGAAAUAGAAUAAAGAAAAAACAAAUGUAA